GUUGAAAUGCAGAUGCCCCAUAGUCUACGAGGGCUCUCCGAAGAAGAGUACAAGAAACUCGGCCGCAGGGCAACCCUUAAAAUGGACAUUGUGGUCUUCCCGCCUCUGAUGCUGAUGUACAUCCUAAACUACCUGGACAGGAACAACAUCGCUGCUGCGAAGCUUGCCAAUAUCCAGCAGGACUUGGGUCUUUCGGAGACAGAAUUCCAGAGCUGCAUCUCCAUUCUAUAUGCGGGAUACAUUAUAAUGCAGGUCCCGUCCAACAUGAUACUCGGCAAGCUGAAAUGGCCUGCCGUGUAUAUCUGCGGAGCGAUGGGAGUCUGGGGUGUUAUUUCAGCUGCCCAAGCGGCCGUCCACAGUUUCGCAGGCUUGAUGGUCGCUAGAUUCAUGGUUGGAUUUGUCGAGGCAGUCUUCUUCCCCGGCUCGCUCUAUUAUCUCUCCAUGUUCUACAACCGCAAGCAGUACGCCUUCCGUGCCGCUCUAUUCUACUCCGGAUCGCAGCUCGGAAACGCCAUUGGGGGACUAUUUGCUAUCGGGAUCCUGAAGCUGGAUGGGGACCAUGGAAUGGCUGGCUGGAGAUGGCUGUUUCUUGUCGAAGGAGUGCUCACCAUUGGCCUUGCUCUCGUAUUUGCGCUCAUACUCCCCAACUCUCUGAAAGGUGUCCCAAGAAUGACAGAGCUGGAGCGAGAGUGGAUCACCUGGAACUACCAGAAGGACCAAGGCCAGCAGGACGACCGCAAUGAAAUCACCGCAAUGCAGGGCCUCGUUCUUGCUCUCCGCGAUAUCAAAACAUGGCUGCUCCUCGUGACUCUAUACCCGGUCUUCAUAUCGGCCGGUGUCACGAAUCUGUUCCAGCCUGUCGUUGCGACGUUGGGCUAUUCACGCACUGUCACCUAUGCCCUGAGUGCCCCGCCCUUCAUCCUCUGCUGUAUCGCCAUGAUGGCUACAGGGUACAACUCAGACCGAACGGGAGGACGUUAUUACCACAUCGUCCUGCCGCUCGGAGUGACUAUUAUCGCGAAUGUCAUUGCUGUGGCAACGCUGGAUACAGCCGCGCGCUAUACAGCCAUGAUGCUUAUGCCAUCCUCCUUCUAUGCAGCUACUACCGUACUGUACUCUUGGAUGUCAGGGACACUCAGCCAGCGGGCCCCAAAGCGAGCAUCCGCCAUUGCCAUUAUUAUCUCUAUUUGCAACACGACGAAUGUGUGGACUCCGUAUCUUUACAACGGGGCGCCGCGGUAUCUUGCGGCGUUUGCGGUGAAUCUUGCCGCUGCUGUGCUUGCGAUCCUUAUGGCGACUGUGAAUCGCAUCUAUCUGAUCCGACAGAACCGUAAGCUGGAUCGGGGAGAAUCGACCGGCAGGAGUGGUCCGACCCCCGCGCAGUUGGCAAGUGGAUAUCGCUACUUGGUAUGAGGUGGUCUGUUACUAGGCUACCAGGAGAUGUAUGGAGAUGGCGUUUGAAGAUUAUAUAGUCUACGACUCAAGCUGCGGCAGUUCAUCGUUAUCCGUAUUCG